AUGGCGGACCCCAACCGGCCCGAAUUCACCUGCGUAGCCUGUGGUGACCAAUCCGACAAUGCGCGAAUGCUCCCAUGCGGGUGCAUUUACUGCAGAGAUUGCUUACUCAAUUUUUUCUUAUUCAACAUUGGCGACCGGGUACGUUGGCCGCCGCAAUGCUGUGGGAUCAACGUUGGAGUGGCGGACGUACUCUGGCUGGACGACGAGGACCUCCAACAGGCAUUUCAAGAUGCGGAAGAGGAGAGUAGCGUGCGGAAUCCUCUCUAUUGUUCCAGACCCCAAUGCAGCGCUCUAUUGAGCAAUGAACAGGCAGAAGAAGAGAGCAGAAUCGUGACUUGUGUUAAAUGCGGUACAUCAACUUGCAAGAAAUGCAAGCAGCCGGCACACGGCCCUGCCGAUACGGAGUGUGAAGAGCCAGACCUAGAUCCGGGGUUGAGAGAAUUGGCUGAGCAACAAGAAUGGAAGCGAUGCCCCCACUGUCGCCGAAUGAUUUCUCGGAUGCAUGGAUGCCCACAUAUAAGGUGUCAGUGCGGUGGGCACUUCUGUUACCUUUGUGGCAAGUCGUGGACUGCCUGCACUUGUCAGAUAGGUCAUGAUGACUUAACGGAGGGAGAGUAUAUGCAAGCUUUUGGUAUAGAUGAUGACGAAGACGAGUGGGAGGAGGGCCAAGAGAUAUUUGAGCGAGCCCAGGAGAACAUUCCACCUAACUGGCGAGCUCAACGACAUAUGCACCCAUUAACUCCAACUCGACACCCUAUUCAACCCCCAGAACGGGGCAGCUCUUCAGCCCCAGUUGAUCGGUUCCCACCCAUACCUUUUGACGAUAAUCACGAAAACCCAUUGCGAGGACGUUCUUCUUAUAUGGCACCCCCCACUCCUCCGAUACCCAAUCCACUAAAUGCCCGUGAGAUACCUAGGUCGACUGGCUCUGGAAGCACCUCUCGGCGCAAUAAUCCCAGAGAAGGGUCUGGACUUUGGAGUAGACCUGAGCCACCACCAAUUGAGCAACCUUCACUCCUACAUCGACUGAUGGAUGAACUGAGGGUUACUACCAGAAUACAGAAUCCGUUUUUUUCUCGGCGGCAAAGCCCUCCUAGGCUUCUCGACCCAAAUAUGUCACACCGAGAACGUAUUCGCCGACACAGGGAGCGUGGAGCAAAUGCCAUAAGACAGGCACAACUAGACGCAGAAGCACGGCAACAAGAAAGUAGAGAGCCAAGAGGACCAGCAAGGCCAGCCUCGGGAAACUCUACAACGGCUGCGGCAGCUCGAGAAUCGCAAAAUACUCCGGGCCCUUCGCCCUCUCGUCCCUUGCCUAGGGAUUCCGUAUCCACGAGUCCCACCCACCCAUUUCCGUUUAUGAUGAGGAGACCAUUUCCUCCAAGGUAG